AUGUCUGUCUGCUUCUUUCCUGCAUCUCUCAGUCACCCUCACCUCUCUCUCUCUCUCUCUCUCUCUCUCUCUCUCUCUCAUAAUAACAUCCCAGCUUCAUUCUUUUUCUCUCUCUUUAUAGAUAAGCUACGUAAGCGUGAAAUAUUCAUAUCCAUCAAUCUAUAUCUGUUUAUAAUCUAUCUAUCUAUCUAUCUAUCUAUUUAUCUAUCUAUCUAUCUAUCUAAGUCUGUUCAAUAUUUAACUAUGUUUAUUAUCUUUAUCUCUUUCUCUAUCUAUCUAUUAUCUAUCUAUCUAUCUAUCUAUCUAUCUAUCUAUCUAUCUAAGUCUUAUCUAUCUAUCAGGUUGGUGCAAAAAAAUAAUGACGUAAUAAUGUCGUUUUUGACGUUAAAAAAUACGUCAAAAACGACAUUAUUACGUCAUUAUUUUUGUACCAACCUAAUAUCUAUCUAUCUAUCUAUCUAUAUAUCUAUCAUCAUCUAUCUAUCUAUCUAUCUAUCUAUCUAUCCCAGUCUCUUCAUUCCUAUCAUCUAUCUAUCUUCUAUCUAUCCCAGUCUCUUCAUCUAUCUAUCUAUCUAUCUAUCUAUCUAUCUAUCUAUCCUAGUCUCUUCAUAUCUAUCUAUCUAUCUAUCUAUCUAUCUAUCUAUCUAUCUAUCUAUCUAUCUAUCUAUCUAUCCUAGUCUCUUCAUAUCUAUCUAUCUAUCUAUCUAUCUAUCUAUCUAUCUAUCUAUCUAUCUAAUAUAUAAAAUAUCUAUCUAUCUAUCUAAUCUCGAUCUAUCUAUCUAUCUAUCUAUCUAUCUAUCUAUCUAUCUAUUAGUUUUCAUGGCCCAUCAUAUCUAUCUAGUUAUCUAUUCACUUUGUUCAUAUCUAUCUAUCUAUCUAUCUAUCUAUCUAUCUAUCUAUCUAUCUCACUUUCUUCAUCCCUAUCUAUUCUAUCUAUCUAUAUAUCUAUCUCAGUCUGUUCAUAUCUAUCUAUCUAUCUAUCUAUCUAUCUAUCUAUCUAUCUAUCUAUCUAUCUCAUUUUCUUCAUCCCUAUCUAUUCUAUCUAUCUAUAUAUCUAUCUCAGUCUGUUCAUAUCUAUCUAUCUAUCUAUCUAUCUAUCUAUCUAUCUAUCUAUCUAUUCUAUCUCAUCUAUCUAUCUAUCUAUCUAUCUCAGUCUGUUCAUAUCUAUCUAUCUAUUUAUCUAUCUAUCUAUCUAUCUAUUAUAAAUAUCUAUCUCUAUCUAUCAAUCUCAUCUAUCUAUCUAUCUAUCUAUCUAUCUAUUUUAUUUAUAUUAUUUAUAUCUAUCUAUCUAUCUAUCAAUCUAUCUCAAUUUGUUCAAAUCUAUCGAUCUAUCUCAGUUUAUUCACAGCUAUCUAUCGAUCUAGCUAUCUCAUUUCGUCCAUAUUUAUCUAUCGAUCUAUCUGUCUCAUUUGUUCAUAUCACUCCAUCGAUCUAUCUAUCUCACUUUGUUUAUAUCUUUCAAACUUUCUAUCUAUCUAUCUAUCUAUCUAUCUAUCUAUCUAUCUAUCUAUGAUAAAUCAAUCUCUUCAUUUCGUUCCAUCUAUCUAUCUAUCUAUCUAUCUAUCUAUCUAUCUAUCUAUCUAUCUAUCAGUUCUCAUGGCCCAUAAUAUCUAUCUAGUUAUCUAUCCCAGUAAAUCAAUCUCUCCAUUUCGUUACAUCUAUCUAUCUAGCUAUCUAGCUAUCAUACUUGUAUGUAUCUAUCUAUCUAUCUAUCUAUCUAUCUAUCUAUCUAUCUUUUUCUAA